AUGUCGGCUACUGCCCAAGUUGAGCACGACGAAAGGAGCAACGGGCAUCUGGAAGAGCUGGACGAGCAGGCCAACUCCGAGGAGAUCAAUUUCCAGUUCUCGUUUGAGAAGAGAUACGACGAGAACAGCACCAAGAUCAUCCGCCCCGUCCUGCACGUCACCCGCCUCGACACCAUCUUCUCCCGGACCCUGGAAUUCGAUGUAGGAACCGUCGAUGGCGAUCCUCUGGGCGAGCCACAGGCCAUAGCCGUACCGCAUGUGCUUUCCAUCGCCGACGACAAGCUGCGCGCCUCGUUGCCCGUCCGCAAGCAGACGUCCGACAGGGGCACGCGAACCAUCUUCCAGAUGAUCCAGGGCUGGGUGAAGUCGUGCGACGAGCGCCCCCCGGAGAAGGACGUCGCCCAUUGCUGCUCCCUGAGCCCGACGGUGCCGACCCGGCUGAUUGACAUCUCUGGAGCGCCCCAGAAACUCCGCCUGGUUGAGACCGGAGGCAAGGCGCACGCGGCGUAUGCUGCAUUGAGCUACUGCCGGGGCGAAACAGAGCCGCUCAAGACGAGCCAGGACACGCUGGCCGCGCACAUGGACGACAUCGCCAUCACCAAGCUCCCCUGGAUGUUCCUGGACGCCGUCAAAACCGCGCGGUGGCUGGACCUCAAGUACAUCUGGAUCGACUCGCUGUGCAUCAUCCAGGACGACGAGGCGGACCGCGAGCACGAGAUGGCGCGCAUGCACAACGUCUUCCAGAACUCGUACGUCACCAUCGUGCCGGAGCGGGCGCGGUGCUGCCGCGAGGGCUUCCUGAAGGCCGACAACCUCUGGAACCCGCUGGCGACGCUGACGGUGCGGUGCGAAAGCGGCGAAAAGGGCAAGAUGCUCCUGACGCAGAAGAAGGACAACCUGCCCCGCGACGAGAACCACAUGGCGCGGGAGCCGCCGCACGAGCGGGCGUGGACGCUGCAGGAAGUGGUGCUGUCGCCGCGCGUCCUCAUCUACACGCACGACUCGGUGGUGUGGAAGUGCUUCUGCCACGACAAGGGGCUCGUCUACAACUCGCUCACGGGCGAGGCCAUGGGCCGCGACUGGAACGGCUACUGCGCGUCGGCCGGGCUGACGACCAUGCGGCUGUGCCCCUCGGGCGUCAUCCUCCAGCCCUCGGUCGCCGCCACCAUGCCGUCCUUCCUCCUCCGCCAGCUCGACCCGGGCGAGAGCGGGAAGCUCGGCCGCGCCCAGACGCGCGCCCGCCAGCUGUACCGCAUCUGGGAGUUUCUCGUGCAGGACUACUCGAACCGGCGGCUCACGCACCCCGAGGACAAGCUGCCCGCGCUGGCGGGACUGGCAGCCUACUUCCAGCGCGCCCUCGGCAGCAACAACAACAACAAGAACAACCGCAUCAAAAACACCAACAACGAGGAAAGCAGCGACAACAACGACGACGCCGCCUACGUCGCCGGCCUCUGGAAAGGCCACUUCAUCCACGAGCUCUGCUGGACCGUCGACACCAAGCGGGCCACGGCGGCAGGGACGCGCGUGGUGCGGCACACGUCGGCGACAGGCACCUGGCGCGCGCCGUCGUGGUCGUGGAUGUCGAUCGACGGGCCCAUCGCCUUCGAGGCCAACCGGCACACGACCUUCGAGACGUCGUCGCACAUCAAGCGGUUCCGGUGCGUGGCGGAGCCGCUGCUGGCGCACGCGCCCUUCUCGCGGCUCGCGCCCGGCGCGCACGUCGACGUCGCCGGCCUGGUCCUGCCGUACGACGCGACCGAGGACUGCCGCGUCGUCUUCGACGUCGACGCCGCUGGCGGGUACGGCGGCGGCGGCGCGAGGGGCAGGGCGCGCAGCAGCAUCGGCGAGAUCGUGUGCACCAGUCCGGCGGGGGCGAAGCCCGAGCUGUGGCUGCUGCUCGUGGCGACGUGCCAGACGUUUUCGAGCCAGAAGAGGCAGGGCAAUCUGCUGCCGAGCGGGAGUAUUUGGGGGUUGGUGCUGCAGCCGGCGGCGAAGACGGCGGAGGGGGGCGGGCCGGCGGAUCAGUCGACGGGGGCUUUUGAGAGGGUGGGGUAUUUCACGGGUGGGUGGCGCGCGGCGCAGCAGUUUCCGGGGAAUGAGAGGGAGGUGAGGAUCAUUUAG